CCACUAUAAACCACUAUAUAUAUCAUGCUUAAGUUCUUUCCAAUGAACCUAACCACAAGAAAUUGAGAGCUUCUUUACUUCAACUCUGCACACACAAACAAGAUGCCUAAGCCCACCAAUUCAAAGCUUCAAAUUGCCAUGUUCCCAUGGCUUGCUUAUGGCCACAUGAUACCAUUCCUCCAACUUGCCAAUGAAUUUGCUAAGAGAGGUCACACCAUUUCCUUCUUACUCCCCAAGAAGACCCUCCAAAAAUUAGCUAACAACAAUCUUUACCCUCAUCUUAUAACCCUUCAUCCCCUCACUCUCCCACCUGUCCCUGGCCUGCCCCCCGGUGCCGAAACCACGGCCGAAAUAAAAGACUCUUUCAUCCUCACGAAAGCCAUGGACGGGACCAGGGACCAGGUCCGGGCGAUACUCGAGAAGCAAAAACCCGACUUUGUUUUCUUCGACUUCGCUGAUUGGGUGAUGGACUUGGGCUCCGAGAUCGGGUUCAAAACCAUUUAUUACAAUGUGUUAAGUCCAACCAUAUCAGCACUUAAGCUAAUCACCUCUACUUGUCAUGAUAAGCCCAUUACAACGGCUUAUAUGAUGGAGCCUCCGCCAGGGUACCCUACUUCCAAAGUCUUGUUCAAAGAGCACGAGGCCCGAAAACUGGCAAAUUUCACAAAUGCCUUUUGGGAUAACACUCUGAGGUUGUUUGGCCGUAUCGCCUCAGGAAUGAAGAAAUGUGAUUUAUUAGCAAUGAAAACCGUGAAGGAAUUGGAAGGGACUUACUGUGACUACUUUUCCACUCUAUAUAGAAAGCCCGUCCUCUAUACCGGCCCGGUCCUGCCCGAACCCAAAACAGAGCCAUUGGAAGCCAAAUUCAAUAACUGGCUCGAGAACUUCAAGCCUGGUUCUGUGAUUUUCUGUGCGCUUGGGAGCGAAUGGGUACUUGAGAAAGACCAAUUUCAGGAACUCCUUUUGGGGUUAGAAGAAACGCAGCUGCCAUUUCUUGUAGCCCUUAAGCCACCAAAAGGGACAAGCACAAUAGAAGAGGGCUUGCCAGAGGGGUUUCAAGAAAGGGUCCAAAACAGAGGGAUGGUUUGUGGUUGGGUCCCACAAGAUCUGAUUUUGGGGCACAAAUCAGUUGGGUGCUUUGUGAAUCACUGUGGGUAUGGGUCAAUGUGGGAGGGAUUGAUGAAUGACUGUCAGUUAGUGUAUGUGCCCAAUUUCUUUGACCAAUGUUUGAACACAAGGCUUAUGGUUGAAGAGCUGGAAGUGGCUGUGGAGGUGGAGAGGGAUGGAAAUGGGGGGUUUUCAAAAGAGAGUGUUUGCAAGGCAGUUAAAUCAGUGAUGGAUGCUGAUAGUCAGAUUGGUUGCUUGGUAAGGGAGAAUCACAUGAAGUGGAAGGAGGUCUUGAACAAGCCUGGGUUCUUCACUAACUAUGUGGAAACUUUCAUCCAACAUUUGCAAGGAUUAUUAUUAGUUGAGUAAUAUCAUUGAGUUUAUUAUCUAAAAUAAAAUUUCCCAGAUGAGUAAUCCAUUUUUAUCUUCCCAGCCAUUUUACUUAAGUAUUUUUAAGUUUUUAAGUUUUAACGAUGGCCCAUGUCCUUAUUUGCUCUGAUAUACUCCCUCCUUCCCUUAUAACUUUGCCAACUUUCCUUUUUUGGUUGUCCCAAAAACUUUGCCACUUUCCAUUUUAAUCAAUCAAUUUGUGGCUCAUGUUAUUUCUCUCUCCUCUUCACAAAUCUCUACCACACAAUUUUUACUUUAUUAUUCUACGUGCCGGUCAAACAUGGCAAACCUUUAAGGGACGGAGGGAGUAUUACUUGCAUUUAUUUCAUUCAAAUAAGUCAAAGUUGCUUAUUUUUAUAGUUUUAAUUGUUUUUUCUUGAAUAAAAACUACCGUAUGUCCAUGGAAAGGUAAGAGAUUAAUGGGUCUAUGAAUACACAAUUGAAAUUUAAAAUGCAAAAGUUCAUAGUAUCAAGGUACCAGCCAAACAAGAAUAAGUUAAAUUGUAUUUGGAACAAAAUAUACUAUUUCCGUUCUUCAAAGCUCUAUGAACUUUCCUGAUUUCCAUAAUGUUAGGUGAUUAAAUUUGUUUUUCUUCCCUCUUCACAACUUUCUGUGGUAUAAUUUUUAUUGUUUUAUUUUACUUGUAUGUUUAAUUUGAUGAAGUUUUAUGAGAUAAAAUGAGUAUAUACUUUGAUCCUAGGCUACAAAAACAGAGCAUUAAGCGCCAGAGAGGACUACCGCCAACAUUAGUCUCCCACCGAUCUCUGCUGUCUAUUAACGAAUGCAUAAGGAUAUGCAUCCUCACGGAAUGAACGUAGAUACAUCUGCAGCAUAUUUUUGCUUGUAUUAGUUUGUUAGGCAGACUUUGUUAGUUUGUUAUACUCGUAUCUUUGACUUUUCUAUUCUUGGACUACAUAUAAACUCUCUGUACUUUAUCUUUAAACAAUAAUGAGAAAUUCUUAUCUUCUUCUUCCC